AGCUAAGUUUGGCUCAAGCGUCUGGCCCGAUCCGCUCCUGCUGCAGCCCCAGGGUCGGGGCAGGUGUCUGCCCAGGGAGCCUCCUGCACCAUGGCCGGCUCGAUCCUCCCUGGCGGGUUCCUCGGCAGCGCCCUGCGGCUGCUCGUCUUCACCGCAGUGGGCCUUGUGUUCGGCUUCUUGUUCGAGCGGUCGCACGUGUACGAGCCCGACGCGAUUCGGCAGCAGUUCAUCUUCCAGCGCAACAUCAUGCUGAAGAUGUUCGUGGGCGCGGUGGGCGGCUCGGCGUUGUCGUUCUACGUGUGGGAGAGCUCAUUUCUCUUCAACGCUUCCGACGUCAUUGAGCGCGUCCGCAGGUUCCGCAGCGGAACACCGCUGCCCCGUGCCGCGCUCGGUGGCGCCAUCCUGGGCGUCGGCAUGGUGCUGGGUUGCGCGUGCCCUGGGAUGGUGCUGCCGCAGAUCGGCACCGGCGUGCACAACGCGCACAUCACCCUGCUCGGUGGCUUCGCGGGGGCGCUGGUGCACAACCUCUAUGAGUUUGCGCUGGGCUCGUGGCGUCGGAGGACCCAGCCGCGCGCCGUCGCCGCCGCGGUGCCGGCCGUGUCUUCCGCGGGCAGUGACGGCGGCAGCGGCGGUCUCGCCGCGGCCGCAGAAGACCGCGAGCGCAAGUACCGCGGCGAGUUCCUGGACCUGCCUUCGGCCUCCCCUUCGGCGGGUGCAUGCUGGGGGUCUUCGCCGCGUGCGCCGCGUUCUGCCUCGCCAUGGAGCUGGCCAUCGGCUUCGAGUCGGAGCUGGUGCCCGGCACGCGGGGCGCCUGGCCCCCGAGCCUGGCCGGGUUUGGCAUCGGGCUGGUGAACCUGGUCAGCCUGGGGGUGGCGGGCGCCAGCAUGGGCAGCAGCAAGGCCUAUGCGCAGCUCAUGAUGCCUUCCAUGCUGCCUUGGAGCACGGCGUGUGCGAGUCGGGGCAGCGAGCUCAGAGCGGCGGGGGCGGCGCGAAGGGCGAUGCCUCGAGCAGCGCGGACUGGCUCAACGGCGCGCUGGAGCGGCACUGGCAGGUGCCGUACCUGUGCGCGAGCGUGUUGGGCGCGUUCCUCUCCAACGAGAUGUCGGGGAACGCGAGCGUGCAGGGCGUGGGGCAGGAGGCCAUGGCCUUCAUCGGCGGCUUCCUGAUGCUGUUCGGGAGUCGCAUUGGCGGUGGCUGCACCAGCGGCCACGGUAUCGCGGGCAUGCCGAUGCUCUUCAUCCCGUCCGUCGUAGCGGUCUGCUCCAUGUUCGGCGCCGGGAUUCUGACUGCGCUCGUGAUGGAAAGCCAGCAGCAGUUGCAGCUGCAGGGGAGGCGGUGAUGUAGUGCUCCACCAGUGCCGGGACAAUUGCUACAGGAGCUGCGCGUAUGUAAGUUUCGACAUGCGCCGGAGGCGCUGAAUACGUUGCGCUUGCUUGCGCCAAUGAGCUUGUGCGGGUAAAUUCCGACGCCGUCUGGUCAGACGCUGUUUUUCACUCAUUUUUUCAAAACCUUGCAGAGAGCACCUCGUGCUGUCGUCCUCCUUGGCCUGCAGCCCCAAUUUUGGAUGGCUGCACGCCCCCGACAAUGGUGGCUCCUGCUGGAGCCCUGUCGCGGAGUUCCUUCCCGAUCAGACCCUCCUCCUCCUCCUCCUCCUCCUCCUCGGCUGUUGGUUCACGGCUGGAGGCUGUCCGACCGCAGCAUUUCUGAACUUGGGGCAGAACAAGCUCAGCGCCAGAGUAGGGUUCACGCCCGCUGUGGCUGGGGGAGGCUCGCCGUAUGUCUUUUCGGAGGCUGCGCAGUCAACGCAAUCCUGCCCCGUGCACCAGUCGUGCUCUCCCUCGUUUCCGCCUCGGGCUCCUCCCCCCCCUGUGUGCGCGGCACAGGCGCACACGGGGUCGGGACCGGAGCUCGCGUGUCGGUGAGGACGCCUGUGACACCGCGACCAGGGCCAGGCAGUCUUUGGCUGCGCCCUCUCGUGCGCUCUGCCUCCCCGUGAGCCGUCGUUCAGCCACCCCUGCUUCUUAGAAGGCGCGGCCCUUAUCUAUAGACAUAAGGCCGGCGCCUUCUAAAAGCAGCCUCCUUCUCCUCCUCCUCCUCCCUCUCCCCCUCCUCCUCCUCCUCCUCCUCCUCCUCCUCCUCCGCCUCCUCAUCCGCCUCC